AUGUCUCGUUUAUCGGAUUACCGGCGUUUGAGGACGGGGUUUGGACCGGCGAUCAGUACGGCGAUCAUCUAUUGCAAACCAGACGCUUACCAAUUUAAACUCCGCGUGAAGGAAAAACCUACUUUGCUUCAAGUACAACCUAAUUUAACACUGGCCACGGGCAUAAAGCAGACGGGUGAGUGCUUAGCUUUGAUUCGAGUCGCGCCCCUUUCUCCACUUUCUUGGGGCUGUUUCCUUGGCACUCGUCAGGCGCUGGUUAGGCCACGCGUCAGCCGAUUCCUGCGAGGUGCUGCCCCUGCAAAGAAGGUAAAUCUCGAAGGCGCUGCUGACCCCUCAAGUAAGGCCCUGCCCUCGGGGUCCAAGGUUGCGGACCCUCCGCGUGAGCUUACCAAGUCCCAGGCUAAGGUGAGGGGGUCAUCGGGACUCCUGCUGACCACGGCACUACGACCUCAAAGCUCGACCAAGGCUACCUCGCACCACUUAGUCGUUCUCAAGGUUGGGGCUGAAGUAGGCGACGUAAAGCUUGCCUCUGCACGUUUGGGAGAAGGCGCUGGCCUUACGGUUGCUGCAAGGGAACUCAUAAAGCAGGUUGCGAAAGGCGUUCCAAGAGCGAUGAUGUACGGCUCGAGGCAGGACGGUUACACGUACGAUGGAUGCAAAGUCAUUCUUGCCAAUGCUGAUCAGCACGUCGGCCAGAGCGUCAAGACCCGGCCUACAGCAGCCGACCUUGGGCGUGACCUGUCAACCUUGAAGAAUCAGCUGCGGAUACCUGCAUACUCCCCCGUGGAGGUGGUCCCACUUUCCGUCGAGCUCUGGCCCGCCCUUACCCAUCCAGAAACCCCUGAGCGCGCCAAAGUCGUCCUCAACAAGGCGCACGAGGCCGUUCCUAAGUCGCACGAGAUCUAA